AUGUGGCAGCCCUACAUUCCUCAUUGAGUGUCCAAGCUCUCCCAUUGGCUCCAAACUGUGAGAAACUCCAACAAGCCCAAGACCCACACAUUCAUAUGGAGAUUUGGGAGUAUAAAUAGAGGAGAUGCAGCCAGUACUAAUCACACUCACUCUACACAGAGAGAUCUACAGCACAGAGACACAGCCAUGGCACCAACCAUCACUUCAGCAAUGACCAUCUCAAACGAGCAUCUACCUCUGAACAACAAGCUGAGGAAGCCGAUGGUGGAAAAGAUGCGCAGAGAUCGUAUCAACAGCAGCAUUGUGCAGCUGAAGUCUCUCCUGGCUCCACAGUUCCUCCACCAGGAACCUGACUCCAAGCUGGAGAAAGCAGAUAUCCUGGAGAUGACAGUCAGCUUCCUGAGACGACAGCAGCAGCAGCAGCAGUCUGCAUUCUCCUCCAGCUCAGCAGCUGUCAAUCAAGGCUUCUCCAGAUGUGUCCAUGAGGUUGUCCACUUCCUAUCCAAAGAAGAGGUGAAGACACAGAGCCAGAGAAAACUGCUGAACCACUUCCAGAACCUGCUGCCAUCUUCAGAUGAGAACAGGAGGGAAAGUGUUCUGCCUCAGCUGAGCUCUACAGAGCAGCAGAUCAGCAGCAAAGACAAGAGUUCAGUUAAGAGCGCCCUCUGGAGGCCCUGGUAAAGAGAAGAUCAAGACUGAAGACGAAAAGCUGGAACCACAAGUCCAUGUGGACUGUUUAGUUUUUUUUUCAACUUCUGCAUGAGCAAGAUUAUACCUGAGUCAUAAAAACCUGGUAGAAUCCUGUUAGGAGCAGUGUCAGCCUCUGCAGUUUUUACAAUGCAUGUCUAUGUUAGACAUAAAUAUAAUAGAUAAAUUGUUUUCAAUUCAUGAAGAGUUAUAUUACGUGCUAUUCCUAUUUUAGGAAAAACAUUGUAAUAAUAUUGUGCAUCCUUGUCCUUAUUUGGACACAUAUCAUUUUUAUAUUAUUUAUAAUAUUUGUGUAAUCUUUUUUACUUUUACAAAAUUUUGAUUAUUUUUGAUCAUGUUUGAUCAUGUUUAGGGCAUUCGUCCCCAUUUACACCUGAUAAUGCACUUACUAUAUACAUUCUGAUUAAACACACUAUAUUUAUAUAGUCAAUCAGAAUGUAUAUAAGCAUUUAAUUGCCUAAGAAGGAAAUCACGUUGUGAUUUAAAAAAAAUUAUUAAGCUUACAAAUUUCAUUUCUAUGAGAUGUAAUUUUAGUGUCAAUUUAUCAUGAUAAUAUCUUCAUUUAAAUUAAUUAAUUCUUUUUACCUUAAUUAAGGUUUAUUUUGUACCUAUUGUAUGGUACUCUUAUGAAUGAAACCUAAACUUUGUUAUUGACAGUAUCUGUUGAGACAGUUUAUGUUUUAUUGCUAUUUCUUGCUAAUUAAUGUUGAGAAAUAUUAUCUUUAUAAUUAACAGCUUUUAGCUGUUGGAAAUGGUUCCUGUGUCUUUUGUAAAGACAGGUUGUUUAAACUCUGCUCUAUUAUGAGUGCCAUGUGUCUUGAAGAACUCUUCAAGCGAAAGUUGUGAUAUGUUAUCACAUGUUUUCUUAACUAUGAGAAAAUCAUUCAUAUAUACUGAAAUAAUAAAAAAAAAAUCAAAUCACUUU